GAACCAGGCGCGCCACUUGCUAGCCGAGAGGGAGGAGAAAGCAGUGAGUUCCGGAGCUGUGCCUAGCCCGGCCCAACCUUUGCUCCAGAGAUCAUGGCUGCCGAGGAUGUGGUGGCGACUGGCGCCGACCCGAGCGAGCUGGAGGGCGGCGGGCUGCUGCACGAGAUUUUCACGUCGCCACUCAACCUGCUGCUGCUCGGCCUCUGCAUCUUCCUGCUCUACAAGAUCGUGCGCGGGGACCAGCCGGGGGCCAGCAGCGAUAGCGACGACGAUGAGCCGCCCCCGCUGCCCCGCCUCAAGCGGCGCGACUUCACUCCUGCCGAGCUCCGGCGUUUCGAUGGGGUCCAGGACCCGCGCAUACUCAUGGCCAUCAAUGGCAAGGUGUUCGACGUGACCAAAGGCCGCAAGUUCUACGGGCCGGAGGGACCGUAUGGAGUAUUUGCCGGAAGAGACGCAUCCAGGGGCCUUGCCACAUUUUGCCUGGAUAAGGAAGCACUGAAGGAUGAGUAUGAUGACCUUUCUGACCUCACUCCUGCUCAGCAGGAGACCCUGAGUGACUGGGACUCUCAGUUCACUUUCAAGUAUCAUCACGUGGGGAAACUGCUGAAGGAGGGGGAGGAACCCACUGUGUACUCAGAUGAUGAAGAACCAAAAGAUGAGAGUGCUCGGAAAAAUGAUUAAAGCAUUCAGUGGAAGCAUAUCUAUUUUUGUAUUUUGCAGAAUCAUUUGUAACAUUCCAGUCUGUCUUUAAAGCAUAGUGAUUUCGAUAUCUAGAAAAGUUUUGAACUUGCUGUAAAUUUUUAAAUUAACAUCACUAGUGACACUGAUAAAAUUAACUUCUGUCUUAGAAUGCAUGAUGUGUUUAUGUGUCACAAAUGCAGAAAGUGAACCGCAGUGCUAUAAUGCAAAUGUUAAUACUGUUUUUCUUCUAUCUGUAGUUAGCAUAAGCUGAAUUUAGAUUUGGUUUUCCUGAGAGACAGGUAAGAUAUGGCUAUCUCCCCAAACAGGUAAAAAUGUUAAAUGUGCACCAAGAACAAAGGAUUAACUUUUAGUCAUGUUGUUCCCUUAAAGGCAACAAAUCCCUUUUACUCAAUUGACUUAACUGCAUGAUUUCUGUUUUAUCUACCUCUAAAGCAAAUCUGCAGUGUUCCAAAGGUUUUGCUAUUGAUUAAAGAGAGCCAUCCAGUAACAAAAUGAAAUCUCAACCCCCUAGGCUCAUUGGGGAAUAUUUACCAUGUUUCUGGACCGCUUUGUUGUCCUUGCCCUCACAGGAUACACAGACACCUUCACAAACACAGUAAUCUACAGUUAGGAUUAAAACAGGAUCUGAACAUUCAAAAUCAACUUUGGGAGAAAAAAUACAUGAAGAAGGUCAUAAAGCUGGCCUUUCGGUCCCCAUGUUCAUGACAGGGCAAUGGUCAUUUGUUUAUUUGAUAAAAUGUUCAAUGUGAGAGGGGCAUACAGAACAGGAGCAGGUGGGUGCUUUCCUUAGGGCCUUCAUCCAUAGUCCUGAAGAAUGAGGAAACCGUACAUGUCACUAACCAAGUGGUUUUUAAAGUAAAAUGUAUUCAUGAGGUAACAGUUAUCCUUCUGUUGUUACAAACCUAUAGCCACUGCAAAAGUAGUAGUCAAGUGUCUAGGUCUCAGAUAGUACUCUUUUGGUUAACACUAAACCUAGCUUAAGUAGACUCUACAGUUGUAAGAAUUUGUAAAAGUAUAUGAACAACUAGUGAGGUUUCAAACUCUUGUAAUUGUAGUUAAAUAGUCAUUGUAUUUUCUUGUGAGCUGUGUUUAAUGGUUUUACCUCAAAUCAGAAAACAAAAUGAAGUGCUUUGGUCAGUUAAUAAAAUGGUUUUACCCUGUA